AUGACCUCUAAGGGCGAGCUUGUUGGUGCUACUCCUACCGACGAUCAGCCGGAAGAUUCUAUUUCAGACAGCUGUAUUGUUAAUAUCUAUGAAGCUAGUGACUGCAUUCCUCCACACAUCGAUCAUCAUGAUUUUGCAAGGCCAUUUUACACGGUAUCAUUUAUAAAUAACUGCAACAACAUGUUCGGAACAGAAAUUCAGAUUAUUGGUGAUGGAGAAUUUCAGGGUUCCGUAGAGAUUCCUUUGCCUGUGGGCUCUAUGUUGAUAUUGAAGGGAAACAACACUGAUGUGGCCAAACACUGCAUCCUUGGAGUGCCAUAUCCGAGAAUUUCACUAACCCUCAGAUGGAUGAAUGAGGAUAAGAUACCAUUUCGGUUCAGAACCGAUCCUGAGAUUGAGAACUUGCGACCUUUUGAGUUGUAA